AUGUUGAUGUCAGGUGGGACCCAGAGGAUCCUCUUCGCCGUUGAUCUGAGUGCUACGUUGGAAUCGGACGGUCGAAAUUCAGAGGCGUUUUCGUCGACGAAUCAAAACCGCAAAAAAGUUCCGAUUUUUACCCAUUUCGCUGCCCCUGGAUCGCUUCACUCUGAGUUGCAUGAACUGCCCUUUCUUGCAAAGGUAAUGUGGGUCGGUGGGGAAAGAUUCUUGUUGGCUCAGAGGUCUGCAAGAUAUCUUCCAAAUAGUUCUCAGUCAUACAUAGAUGCAAGGAUGCAGUGGACCAAUGAUCAGGGUAUUGGCCCUGAGGGCAUAAAGAGUUCUCUACAACAACCAAGUUCUGUAAAAAGGAUGGGGUGUUUCACUGUAUUGAAGAGCAAGAAAAAAAGGUCUGAUCCAAUUACAUAUGUUAAACGUGUUAGCCAUAAUGAGCACGUGCCUACAGUAUUGCCUGAACCUCAAACGCGCUCACUCCAGUCUGCUCCUCCCAGUUUUAGGACCAGAGUGAAACCCAUUCAACCCAUUAAUAAAGUCAAUAACAACAGAACAAGAACAUUAUCUGCUCCAUCAACACUUGAUGCCGCAGAACAAGAUGCAUUGGCCUCAAUUGAAUAUGAGGAACAAGAAGAAUCAAAACACCGAGCUGGAUCAAUGAAGGAGCAGCAUUCAUCUAGUCCACAACCUUUACCACUCCCAUCACCUCAGGGAGGUGCUGCAUUGAAGGCUAUUGGCAGCUUUAAGUCAGUGACAGCUGGUGGUCCUCUAUCUGCUUCUGGACCUUUGCCACUUCCACCUACUGGGUCACUUCGGAAUUUUCUGUAUGAUGAAAUUGCCACAGCUUGCCACAAUUUCUCUUCUGAUAGAUGCAUGUCAGAAUGUCUUUCGUCCACCAUAUAUAAGGCUUCCUUUGGUGAUGAUGUUUCUAGUUCAAAGAAGUUUGAAGCCACUGUCACACGGCUUCACCCAUCAUUUCAGGGCUUGAAGGAAUUCAUGAAUGAAGUUAACACUCUUGCAUCCUUGCAACAUCCAAACCUCUGUAAAUUGCUAGGAUUUCAUGCCCGAGAGGGUUCAGAAAAUAGAAUGUUGGUUUAUGAGAGGCUAUACCAUGGAAGCUUGGAUCGCUUAUUGUAUGGGAGAUCUGAUGGGCCAUCAAUUGAUUGGAAUACAAGAAUGAAAAUUGCUAUAUGUGCUGCACAAGGUCUAACUUUCUUGCACGAAGAAGGGCCCUUUCAGGCAAUGUAUAACGAAUUCUCGACAGCAAACAUACAGAUUGACAAAGAUUUCAGUGCAAAGCUUUCGGGAUAUGGUUGUGUUGGACAUAUUCCCGAGGAAGAGAUUUCAAGCAGUUCAUCUGCUGUUGGAAACCUAUCAAUGGAGACAUUGGAGAAAGGAAUGCUCACUCCAAAGAGCAACGUAUGGAGCUUUGGAAUUUUUCUUCUGGAGCUACUUACAGGAAGAAAGAAUCUUGAUAGCCGUCACCCCAAGGAAGAGAGGAAUUUAGUCAAGUGGAGCCGGCCCUUCCUUGCGGACAACUAUCGUCUGUCAUUGAUCAUGGAUCCUCAACUCAAGGGUCGCUUUCCUUCUAAAGCAGCAAGAACAAUAGCUGACAUUGCACAAAAAUGUCUUCAAAAGGAGCCUUCAGACAGACCUACCAUGAGAACUGUUGUUGAGCAUCUGAAGAUGAUACAGGAUUUGAAAUAUUCGUGCCGGUUCCCACUGCAAGAGCCAGCAUCAAACUCUGGAAAACAUAUGUCAAGAUCACCAAGUCUCAAUGGGAUUAUCUGCCCAGUACCAAGGUUGAAUUUCUCACCAUCACCACCAUCAGGUGUUCCACCAGUACCUGUUUCACCUCCAAGAUGGUCUGGUGGAGUGCCCCUUCUCCUCCCUCCACGCGCAUGUUCUUCCAGUCUUUCUUUGGAGGAGCUUGAUAGGCAGGAAAGCCGCAAGUCAUCAUCCUCAGCCUCUAGAAGGGCUAGUGUUGAAGGAUUUUGA